UUUUUCUCUUAUUUAUUUUUAUUUUCUCCUUCUGUUAUACUGGGAUUGCCUCGCUUUCUUCACAUAUAUAGCGAGAGAGACCAAAAACGCUUACAAAUUUUAAUGGGUUCUUUGAUCUAUGCUCUCUUCACUCUCAGAGAAAUCUCUUAAACAAAACAAACCCAUUUAUUUGGGAUUGCUUGUGUUGAGGGAUACAGGUUUAGCAUGUUUCCUUGAGAAGGGCUUUCAUGGGUUGAACUCAAAGAAUAAUGGGAAGUUUGAGUGAAGAAGAGUACCGGUUUUUUGAUGCCUAUGAAGACGUUGCAUCAAUUUCUGAUGCAAAGUCUGAUAGCAUCGAGAUAUUUGAUUCUCAUUCUAGUUUUGAUAACUCCAUUACUAGGAGUCCUCCUUAUGAACUGUGGAUUAAGAGCCCUGGAAGUGUUCAGGAACGGCGGAGUAAGUUCUUUGAUUGGAUGGGAGUCGGUGUAGAUCAAAAUGGAUAUAGGAAUUUAGAAGAAUUUAGCUUGGAAGGAGAGAGUGAUAGAAUUAGAGAAAGCAGUGGGGCUGUGUUGAGAAAGUCAUGUUUUGAAGAUGAAUUUUGUUCGACUCGAUCUAUGAUGUCGUGUUGGUCUAAUGGUGAAUCUAAUUUGUUAGCGGAGUUGGGUUCUGUGGAGAAUUUUGUUUGCAGAGAUGGGGUUUCGGGCAGCGGAAUGAUGUGCAAUGUAGAUGAAUUGGGGCAGCAUGGGAAAGCAAAUGAAGGUUGUGAAGUGGGCUCAGAACAGUCAGUAACAGCAGAGGAAUCUGAGAAAACUUCCGAGUCAUAUCCCUCAUUUCAACAACUUGUGCAGAAAGAAGUUGGGGAACCAAAUACUUUAGUGGAUACUCCAAGGAGACUUAAGAAAGGGUGGCUGAGUAGAAUCCGUUCCAUAACAUGCAUCGUGGAUAGGCCACAGGAAGCUGACAAAUUGAGACAUGAUGAUGAUGAUGCGCUUCUGAGGCACAGGGUACAAAGGAUUAAGGUUCGCCGAUGUGGGAAGCGAACAAAGGAACUUUCAGCUCUUUAUAAAGGGCAAGAUAUCCAGGCCCAUGAGGGUUCGAUUUUAACCAUGAAAUUUAGUCCUGAUGGGCAGUACCUUGCAAGUGCUGGUGAGGAUGGGGUUGUGCGUGUGUGGCAAGUACUGGAGGGUGAGAGAUCAAAUGAACUUGACAUUCCAGAAAUAGAUCCAUCCUGCAUGUACUUCACGGUGAACCAGCUACCCGAGUUGAAACCCCUCUUUUUUGAUAAAGAGAAGACAGCUAAAAUGAGGAGCAUGAGGAAAACAUCAGAUUCUGCAUGUGUCAUUUUCCCUCCAAAAGUUUUCCGGAUUUUGGAGAAACCAUUGCACGAGUUCCAUGGGCACAGUGGAGAGGUCUUGGAUCUCUCAUGGUCCAAGAAUAAUCAUUUACUUUCAGCUUCAGAGGAUACAACUGUCCGUCUGUGGCAAGUGGGAUGUGACUGUUGCCUCAGGGUCUUCCCACAUAGCAAUUAUGUAACCUGUGUUCAGUUUAACCCUGUGGAUGAUAAUCACUUCAUGAGUGGUUCAAUAGACGGAAAGGUUCGCAUAUGGGCAGUCAAUAGUCGCCAAGUUGUUGAUUGGACUGAUAUAAAAGAUAUGGUUACUGCAGUGUGUUAUCGUCCAGAUGGGCAGGGAGGGAUUGUUGGCUCCAUGACAGGCAAUUGUCGCUUUUAUAAUAUGUCAGACAGUCACUUGCAACUUGAUGCUCAGAUCUGCUUGCUUGGUAAAAAGAAGUCACCUUGCAAAAGAAUAACUGGCUUCCAGUUUUCCCAACAAGACUCAAGCAAAGUAAUGGUGACUUGUGCUGAUUCACAAGUCAGAAUUCUCCAAGGACUUGAUGUGAUAGGCAAAUAUAAAGGCAAUGCAGCAAACCAGAUAUCUGCAUCUUUUACCUUGGAUGGAAAACAUAUUGUCUCAACCUGUGAGGAUUCCAGUGUACAUUUAUGGAAUUACGUUGAUCAGGAACAACCUUCUACUCCUCGAUCAAAAAACUCAAGGUCUUAUGAGCAUUUCACUGCCAAUGCAUCUGUUGCAAUACCUUGGUGUGGAAUGAAAUAUGGGGGUUCAGAGAAUGGAUGGGGAUUCCGUGUUUCAGACAAUAGUUCACAGGAAGUUCUACCUCUUUCUUCCCCGGCUAGUUUUUCUCUGAGCCAAGAAUAUUUCGUAGAGUCUUUUCCCAAGGGUUCUGCUACUUGGCCAGAGGAAAAGCUUCCGUCGAGCCCAUUAUCUGCCUCCUCAACAAUGCACAAAUCCCAGUACAAGUUCCUGAAAAAUUCAUGCCAGAGCACUGCCGCUUCUCACGCAUGGGGUCUAGUCAUUGUGACUGCAGGGUGGGAUGGAAGAAUAAAAUCAUUCCACAAUUAUGGGUUACCGGUUGCUGACUGAACCGGUUGCUGACUGAUGCUAUAGUGGUACUGCAGUGCUUCAGAGAAUCAGGAUUGAUCCUUUCUUUGGGAUUUUUAGUGCCCCCUUUGAUGGGAUUACAUGCCACAAAAUCUGGUGCUGCGUAGGUGACCAAUUAGCUUUGAGUUUGACAUCAUUGAAAGUUGCCAGCUUGCUCUACUUUUAAUGACUAAUGCAUUUGUAGAUGAAUGUUUGAGAAUUCGGGGUGGGCCCUUCUUGGAUCACGGUGCGCUGUAAAGAAGCAUAUAUGACAAGUGGUAACAGUUCUAUGGUUGCGAUGAUUAUCCAGCUUGGGGUGAGCAAGAGGCUGAGGUUAGCUUAUCUUGAUGCCCAGCUUAAUUAUAAAAUUAGCUGAUCUUUUUUUGCAUGAGAAAUUGGUGUCUGCCGGCCCAGAAAGACAUGCGAGUCAUGUGUUAGGAGAGGCCAAUUUGCCAUGCUCUCUCUUUAUAAUAGAGGUGCUUGUGGGACCUUUGCUUAACCUCUUUCUUUGGCUUGCUAAAAUGGGAGGAGGGAAUCCAGAGCUGGUGGUUGCAGUUUAUUUGGGAGAAAAAUGGUGGGGAACUCUGCCAUUAUAACUUGUUGGCCAAUCUGAAUGAUUGAAUUGUUUGUCUGCCAUAUCAGGCUUCAUGGUAGGGUCGAUUUCACCUGAGCUUGACGGUGGGGUUGUAUUCUGCUUCAUUUUCAGCUGAAUGACUUGUUUGAUUAGCCAAGUGCUUGCGAAUGUGAGGCCCCCUUUUAGCUUGGUGAAUGGAUUUCCAGUUGAAAGCUUCUGGCGUUUAAAAUUACGAGGAUGCUGGCACGCGGUUGACUACUUAUGAUCAUUGCUCGAGUGCUGUUUAUCCUUUUUUGUCUCGCUAACAGAAUUUUGUAUAUUGUAUCUCUAAAAUUCAUUCUAACAUCACUCAGAUUAGUUUUGAGGUUAUUUAUCUUCGGAAAAUGUAGAAGAGAUGGCCUCUGAGUUUAGCAUACGCAAUUGUGGCUAUGUAAAUAAACCUGUUCGGAGGUUAUUUUCCUUGUAAUCUGUUUUGGGAAGUGGCCUGGAAAAUGAGAAAACGAAAAUUGAGGAGCAA